AUGGAGGUUGCCGAGAGCAGAGAGCAGACCUCAGUUGGUCCGACAACGGGGGCCGAGUCCACCAUGACCAAUGGCGAGCGGAAUCCCUUCUUGGAUGACCCUCUCAUGGAUGACGGACGGUCUAGUAGCUUGAGCGAGAUCGACGACGUGUCCGACGACGAGCCAUCUGACUUUGAUGAUUCCCCCAAGCCCGAGAGGCAGCUAGAAAACGACUCGGAGGCGGAAACCGAGCGCAUCGAAGAUUCCCCGCACAAUAUCCGAAAACGAGACAUUGUCCUGAGUGCUGGGGGUACUGGCAGCGCUGGUCCAAGCCCCAGUAAGCUUCACCAGUCCACCACACUGGACGACGUCGAUGAUGAUGAGCACCUCGUGGACGACUCUCCCAGCAAACCACGACGACCCUCCAACAACAACGCAAUCGAUGACGAGACUGCCGAACUCGACGAUGUGGAGCUUCCCGAUAGUAUCGGAAAGAAGCGCAAGCGCGUUGAGGCCGGCGAUGAGACUGGAACCGAGCUCGGCGAGGACGAGCCGCUCAAGAAACGCCGAAGCUCCAUCAAGAGCGAUCUGAGCGACCCAAUCGACGACGAUACCCCACUUUCACCAGAGCCAAUGAUGGAUGAUGAGCCAGGACCUAUCAUGGACGACGAGUUGGCUGUCGACGAUAUACCCGAGUCAGAACUUCCAGUGGUGCCAUCCAAGAGCAGAAGGGCUAAAAAAGUCGAAGAACCAAUUGAACCCAUCGACGAGGUCGAUGAUUCGGAGGCCGCUCGGGUGGAAGAAGAGUCUGCGAAAAAGAUGUCGGCCAUGGAAUCAUUGGCAACGUUGGAGAAAGAGUUUGCGACGUUGCGGGACAAAAUUUAUGACGAACGGAUCACAAAACUCAAUCGUGAGUUGGAGAUGCUGACUGGACCGAAUCCGACGCAUCCCGAGUACCUGCGUCAGAUUGAAUGUGUGCAACGUUACCGGGACGCCAAAAUCAAAUACGAGCAUACUCUGUACCGCUACCGCUUAAAGGCCUUGUUGAACAAGAGCUUGGCCGAGCGUGCGCAGAGUCACAGUACCUUUUUCCAGCGCGUUCGUGAUGUGCGCGAGCGUCAUUCGAGUGCGAUCAGCAAGCAGUUCUAUGCCAUCCAGCAUGAUCGUUUCAAGACGGAUGAGCUCAGCCCGCACCAUAUCGUGCCAUUCCCGACCCGCCGGUCGCAACAAAUUGCACACCAGACCGCUUACAACCAUGAGGUUUCCAUCAUGGCUGGAGUCGCCAAGUAUGUUGGCUUCCCGGCCGCGCCGACUUUAUUGGGGGCUCGUCCGUCCGAAUUGGAAGAUGAUCUGGAGAAGAUGGGGAUAUCUAUCGAGACACGAGUGUCGGUUCCACGACAUUCACAUUCAUCGGCAAUGCCCCCUCGUGGUGCAGUGUCAGCCAUGUCGUCAAAUAUUUUCCGCACAGCAGCCGAGGAAGCUUUCCUAGAGCAAACGCCCUGGGCCAAUCCUCAACAUCCCAUUCAUCAGCAACAGCCACAGCACCAAUAUUCCCAACAUCACAGGCCCCCAGCAUCCUCUUUCGCCACACCGGCAGCCCAAAAACGGGUCGUCGAUAUCAACGCACCCAAUGGAUCUGCGUCCACUAUUCCUGAGAACAUGUCGGCCGCCAACUCAUCCGCCAACAACACACCCUAUGGCACCGAGCAGGAUCCUCGUCACCCAGGUCAAGGACCAUUCCGCAAUCCAGACUAUGACACCGAACAUAAGUCUGGAUUCCGAUCUCAGAGUUCUUCUCCACUAGAUGUGCGAAAGGCUCAGCCACAUCCCAGCCAUAUCCUCGAGCGCCGCUCUCCCGGACUUGAUACUUCCCGCAAUUCUCUCUUCUCUCCACCUCCCGCUCGGGCUGGGUUAUUCCAACCUUCCACCUCCAAGCCCAGUGCCUCGCCCUCUCUCCUUUCCAAACCAGUCGACACGAUACACUACCACCCACACCAACCUGAGAUCUCUACGGAAUCUAGCUCAAGUCACAUGCCUGCUCGGUAA